UCAAAUCUAAACCUUCAUCUUCCAAUCUACUUUCAUCUAAACCCUAGUCGUCGUUUGUUCUGUCGAUUAAUCUGAGUCACGGCUUUUGUUUUUAGUCAACUGCAAAAUGAAGGAAACAGGUCAGAGUUCCGGUCCAGAUCAACGACUACCGGAACGCCUCUUCGCAGCCAACAGUGAACCUAGGAAACGGUUGAAUAUCUACUCCAAGCCCGAUAUAUUGUGUUUCAUCAAACAUACUCUUCGGGGUUCUCAGGAGUUGGAAGUUAUCAGACAGUCAUGUUUCGGCGGUCUCUUCAAUCUUCCUGCUCGUCAAUGCCCUGUUUCGCACAAGUUGAUCCACAGUCUUUUGGCAAGACAAAUCUUGGUUGAGAGCCAGCAUACUUUGUGGCCAGUUGUUGCCGGUAAACCAUUCCGGUUCUCUCUCGCUGAGUUUCAAACGGUAACCGGUCUCCCUUGCGGUCCUUUUCCUCAAGAUUACGAGAGCCCUUCCUUCAACACAAGAAAUGCGGCCAAGGAUCCUCUAUGGCGGAAACUGCUUGGUCAUGACUCUCUUACAACCGUAGCUGACAUCUGACAUAUGCUCAAGACUGAAGAAAACAUGCGUUCAGAUAAGCGUCUACGACUUGCGCUUAUUAUGAUUGUCGAUGGUGUACUCAUAGCUCACAAACAAGUCCCUAGGCCUACACUACAAUACGUGCAGAUGGUUGACAACGUCGAAGCUUUUCUCAACUUCCCUUGGGGCCGUGAAUCUUAUCUCAAGACCAUCACCUGUAUGAAACCUCCCUUAGAUGAGGAUGAACCGGUUCAAACACUUGUCAAACUACUCCAACAGACAACCUACAGAUUGCAGGGUUUCCCUCUAGCGCUCCAACUCGUUGCCUUCCAAGCAAUCCCAUUACUGGCCACAAAGAUACCUUCUCCUCACUACUCAACUACUCUUCUCGAGCUUCAAGUUCCCCAUCUCCCACUACAUAAGUCAGUCAACAUCAACGAUUUUUUACUUGUAGAAGUUGAUCCACAGCUAAGCGUCACCGCUCUCAUACCACUCGCUCCUAACACAACUGUGUGGGGUGACGAGCCAGAGGACGAGCGUGCUCUGUAUAUGGAGGAGUUGAUUGCUCAGAACCACGAAUUCAACAUACAUGAUUGGCCAUGUGGCGAUUCAUCAAAACAGGAGCCCAUAGUUCAACCGGCUGUCCCAACGAUUCACAGGAAACAUACUGUUCCAAAAAAAACAGUCCCUUAAAGUCAGGAAGGGCAUCAAGAAGACUGGCUCAAGCACUCGGAAACAAAGGAGGAUUUCUAACUGCUUUAGAUCAAAUGUUGGCACACCUCCUACUACUAUCGAGUGUUUGCUAGAAAGGGUUGAGAGACUUGAAAGGCUUUAUGCAGAACAGAAAGCUGAGACGAGACGGCUAAAGAGGAAACUUUAUUCUCGUCGCGCCAAAACUGGUGGGAAAUUCUCAUCGUUCAAGGAAAGCUUACGAACACCUAAAAGGAAGACUGUUCAGGAGGACAAGGAGGACCAACACACUCACACAGAAGGGGGACAACAUGACCACAUCCUUGGAGCACCUCUCCAAGCUGACCCCAACUCUCCACUUAUCAGCCAGUACAACGCCCGGCGGUUCUCCAACGCCCCUACCCUUGACCCCAACAUCUUUCACAGCCCAAAC